AUGGCGAAAUCGGGAGGUGGAAAUCCCAAAUUUGGGGGCAGAGAGAUGGAGCUUAUUCCUGAUCUCCCUGACGAAAUUGCUGCAGAUUGCUUGGUGAGAGUGCCAUACAUCUCGCACUGCAAGCUUAAAAGCGUGUGUAGACGUUGGAGAUGUCUAGUCAAUAAUCCCUGGUUUUACCAGCAGAGAAAAGCCACAAGGACUUCUGAAGAGUGCAUCUUUAUGCUCCAGGCCCUUCCUCACCAGGAAGGCGAGCCCUGUGCAAAUAAGGCUAAGCCGUAUAAAGGUGCACCGGAUUAUGGAAUAACUGCAUAUAAUCCUGUUGGAGGCGCAUGCCACACACUUCCUCCCAUCCCCCAAUUUCCCACCUCCAUUCCGCUCUUCAGUCGGUGCGUUUCGGUGAGAGGAAAAUUGAUAGUGAUUGGCGGUUGGCAUCCCUCCACCAUGCGGGCAGUCAAUUGCCUUUUCUGUUACGACGUGCUGAACGGACGGUGGGUCCGAGGGGCGGACAUGCCUACGCUUCGAUCUUUCUUCGCCUGCUGCGUUUCCGAUCAAGGAGUUGUUUACAUUGCCGGAGGGCACGAUGAGGAGAAAAAUGCAGUGAAUAUGGUGGAGGCUUACGACGUGGAGAAAGACGCAUGGGAGAUUGUCCCCCCUAUGAGCAAAGCACGAGAUGAAUGUGGGGCUUUUUUUAUGGACGGGAAACUGGUAGUUAUAAGUGGGUAUGAAACUCAGGCUCAGGGACGAUUUCUGAGCAGUGGAGAAGUGUUUAACCUGCAGACACGCAGUUGGAGUUGGGUGGAAAAUAUGUGGAAAAUCGGGCGUUGUCCUCGGUCGUGUGUAGCUUUUGGUUGUCGUCUCUAUUCGUUUUGUAACGGAGGAGUUGUGCGGUAUAAUGAGAAAGAGAAUGUUUGGAUUGAAGAAGGGAGUAUGCCGCAAGGAAUAACAGUUACUGCUUGCGCUACAAUGGCAGAGGGCAAAAUAUUUGUCAGCGCUUGUGACAGCAGUAAAGUGAUGUGUUGUUAUAUAUUUGAGACGGAGAAUGGGAAGUGGGUUGAAAUGGAGAGAGCCGAGGGAUUUGGAGGAUUAGUCCAGUGUGCAACCACCCUGGAGCUCUAGUCAAUUACAGUGCUUGGUUUACAAGAAUCAUCUCUAGCCCACAGGGCAGCAUAUGGUUUAAUGUGUUAAUAUGUAGGAAAAGGUUGAAUAUAGCUCUAUACUAGAAAGUACACCGAAGUUGUAAUUUUUAUAAUGAAUUAGCAAUUUUGAUAUGUAUAGGUUUUCCAACUCCCCUUAACCGAAUGUUCCAUUCGCUUUAAA